GAGUGCACGUGUCACCGCUGCCAGCGGACCGGACUGAACGUCACAUUCCUGCAUUCCCUUUUUCCUCAGUGUGGGACGGCGGAGUUAGCUUCCAGUUAGAGAGCUAAUCCUCUUCCCCGCUUCUCUUUUGGAGAAACGCACCCAUGACACGGCGGAUUUGAUCCCAGGAGGUGAUCCCGGGUUCCCCAGGAGUCAGAAUCUCACUUCGGGUCACUUUCCCUCCCUCCCUUCCCCUCCUCCCCCUUCCACCCAUCACAGCGCCGGUUGCCAUGGAGAACUCUUCAGUGGCGUCCGCAUCGUCCGAAGCUGGGAGCACCCGCUCGCAGGAGAUCGAAGAGCUGGAGCGCUUCAUCGACAGCUAUGUGCUGGAGUACCAGGUGCAGGGGCUCCUGGGAGACAAGGCAGAUGGAGACCUGGAACUGGACAAUGGUGGCAAGGUUCCACAGUGGACAGACGACUGUAACAACAAGAAAGACGGCAGCUGGACGUCUUCACGGGGGAGAGGCUCAUUUAAGCCAGACGAGUGGGAGCACAGCAGUAAUGGCAGUACAGGCUCAAGGCCUAGUUCAGGUUCCAGACCAGGAUCCGGCUCACGCUCAGGCAGCAGAGGCAGAAACAACCAGUUCAAAGGCCCUGCCAAGAACGGGAACAGAGAUGGCUCCUUUGACAUCCUGGGCACUGACAUAUGGGCUGCAAACACGAUGGACUCACGCGGAGGUGCUGGUUGGGACGUGCAGCCAGAGAAACUAGACUUCAGCCAUUUCCACAGGAAACACAUACGAGGAACGCCAAAGCACCUGCCACACAUCGACAGAGAGGGGAUGAACAAAAACAAGUUUGAGGAAGAUGACGGCAUAGACAUGAAUGACAUAGAGAGAUUCCUACCCCAUCUGCGCUCUGUCUUCCCGCCCCUUCCUAAUGAGGCCGAGAUCGCACACACCAAAAAGCUCUUCCGACGCAGGAGGAAUGACCGACGAGCGAAUGAUCAGUUCUCCCGAGACCAGUUAACCGUACUUCUGCCUGCAGGCCCUGGGGGAAAGCGACAAGUCUCAGCCAGAGAAUGCCGCAAGACUAUUUUGUCGUGCAGCCCGGCACAGAGGAGACAGCAGCGGCCUCAGGGAGGAGGAGGAGGAGGAGGAGGUGGCGGUGGUGGAGGUGGAGGUGGAGGAGGAGGGAAGAACCAACCUCAGCUGAUACAGCAACAGUCACCGCAGCACCAGAGGGAUCAAACCCAACAACAGUCUCCAAACCAACAGCAGCUGAACUCAACAGAACUGGGAGAUAACAGAAACAGUAGUGCUGGUCGGCCGCCUCGCCAGUAUCAAGGGGGACAUGGGCAGCGCCAAGGAGGACCGCCACACCUUGGAUAUAGCCAGAACCGGCGUUGGCACCACAAUCAGAAAGGUCAGGGGCACGGACAGACAAACGCUCCUGGUGAUAAAGGAGUAGCCCCCAGAACAACCAAAGACAAAGAGACUGAGAAUGUAAGACCGGGUGACGAGCAGAUCAGACCACCUCAAGACUUCGGCAGGAAGAGUCCCCAUGAAUUUCCCCCGUAUGAGACGACACCCACUACAAAUGCCUCCCCAGAUCUGACAGUUAAUAAGGAAGCUCUCACCUCACCAGGAAGUGGGAAAGCAAGCGAGGGCCAGUCGGACCAGCCCAAAAUCAGCUUGCUGCAGUCUUCUAAGGAGAGGCUGAGGAGAAGACUAAAGGACAAGGAGGAGGCCCGUGUGGAGGCAUCAGGCUCCGGCUCACAGAGCAUGGACCGGCUGGUGGACCUCCUCAACAGCAUGAGGAGCAACAGCAGCGGCGUUGAACAGCAGCUGGCGUCUUUCAUGGAGGAGGCCCAGCUAUCAGCGCGGUCGGAGGAGACCCUGUCCCAGGUGGUCAGCGCCAUCUACUCCAAGGCCGUGUCAGACAGGAGCUUCGCCGCCACGGCUGCCAAGCUCUGUGACAAGAUGGCGCUGUUCAUGGUGGAGGGGACCAAGUUCAGAUCGCUGCUCCUCAACAUGCUGCAGAGGGACUUCGCCCGUCGAGAUGAGCUCCAGCAGGCAGACGUGGAGGGGUGGUUAGGUUUCAUCACCUUCUUGUGUGAGGUGUUUGGCACCAUGAGGAGCAGCUCCGGGGAGCCUUUCAGGGUGCUGGUGUGUCCCAUCUACACCUGCCUACGAGAGCUGCUGGAGUCCACAGAUGUGAAGGAAGACGCCGUCCUCUGCUGCUCCAUGGAGUUGCAGAGCAUGGGGCGUCUCCUGGAAGAGCAGCUCCCAGAGAUGAUGACGGAGCUCCUGGCGGCCGUCAGGGACAAGAUGCUCUGUCCGGCCGAGUCCCAGCUGACUCGCUCUCUCCUCAUGGAGGUCAUCGAACUGCACGCUCACCGCUGGAGCCCCCUGGAGGCUCUUACCACACAAUAUUACAACCGUACCAUCCAGAAGCUCACCACCACUGCCUAGGUGCCAGCUGCCCUGCAGGAGGAGAGGAGACAAGCCCCCCCCCCGACACCCAGAGGAACAUUUUCCUCUAGUUUUACCAAAACCUUUAAUAAUCAUGCCUCUCUCUACAUAAAAACAUGCUUUACGUGAUGAUUAUUUAACUGUACAUUUUGAUAUUUUCUCCACUGCCGCAAACAAACCAGAAACAGUUGGCUCUGACACUACAUGUGGCAUUCAAACAAUGAGAAUCUGACACACAUUGGAGAAACACUAACGUAUAUAUGGCCAGUAGGGGCGUGCUUGGCCACACAUGUGGGGGGCUCGCCUGGUGGAGGGAUAAAGGAGGGAACAGAAAAGAGUGGGGUCACACAGGGGAGAGGAGGAGAGGGCAGCAGCCUGCCCGUGGGGAAUAGAGAGAUCCGUACCCAAAGAUGAAUGGAGGGAGGGAGGGAGGGAGGGGGGUCAGGGUAGUCCGUGUCAGUCUCUUCAUUGUGUUCAUUUGCCCACCAUCCUCCCCCUCUUCUGUCUCUCCGUCAGCCCCUGGGGUCUGUGUGGCUGAUAAAAGAGAGAGGAGGAGGAGGAGGAGGCGGCAUGGAGCAGACACGAUGCUGUCUGUCUGGGCCGUCUGCCCCGCCGGGCCAGGGACCAGGUCAAAGGGCCCUUAGCAGUGGAGCUCCCCAGCUCCCACAGCUCCUCCCUGCCUUUGUUUCCCCCAGCUCCCCCACCACCACACCCCCCAGCAGGAAGCCUUUUUGUGGGGAUGAGACAGCGGGCCUGCUGGGCCGGGCUGGACUGAGGAUAAGGAUCAGGCUGGCUAGAGCAGGGUGGCAGAUGGCUGCUUGAGCCCAUGUGAGACGACGACACACUCCUAACACACCCCCUCUGGCACCCCGAGCUCGGCCCGAUGUCGCCAACAGAAGCAGUAGGAAAACCGUGGUGGGUGGUGGGUGAUGGUGGGUGAUGGUGGGUGAUGGUGGGUGGGGGGGGCCGUAUUAGAAAAGCAUUAAAACUGCUGCCUGAUAAUUCUUUUGUUUUCGUCCUCCAGGGGAAUGUCUCUUCUCCUCUGUUAAGCAGUGCAUGUCCAUGCUUUGUUAACCACAUCAAUGAUAUUAUAUUAUUAUUUUUUUAAUCAUUUAGUGUUUUUAUGGUUGUCGUUUUAUUUUGAAGUCUCGUUUUUAUGAUAAACUGUAUGUCUGAGGUAAUAGUAGUAGGCCUUAUUGCACAGGUUUGAUUUGUUUUGCACUGUUUGAAGGAGAUUUGCUUUAGAAUUCAAAAGGAGAAAAAAAAGCAAAAGUUUGAAAUUGAAAGAGUGCUUGAGGAUUAAUAUUAAAGAUCUCAAUAGUGAGAGAUGUGAGUUGAGCAUAGCGAGAGAUAUUUAGGAUGUUUCAAUGGACUGGUGGCCUUGUCAAUUAUCCAUUUUAUAUAGGAGCUCUCUUGUUUGGGAGGCCUGUGGCAGCAGAGGACUGAACAGUUGGACUUAUUCACAUCAUUCUGUUGCUGAAGGAAAAAAACAAACAAAAAAAAAGUGAUGUGACAACAAAAAAAAAAUACAAGCAUGGCACACAGAGAAACUAAACUUCUCCUUCUCAAGCCAUUCUUUGCCGUGGACAUUUUGCAAGUGUUUAAUAUUGACUGUAUUUGAUCUUGCUUUGUUUUUGAGGAGGAAAAAAAAAAAGACGAAUAUUAACCUGUGUAUUUGAAGAUGACAAUGAUGAAAAGAUUAUUGUAUGACCUCAUUAGCUAGUCAUAUGUGACCCUUAUUCCAGCUAACGUGUGAACUAUGAUAUUGACGUACCAAGCCAAUCAUGUACCAUUUGUAAAUGGGCUCUAUAUAUAGUCUGCAUACAGUAUAUUUACAAGUAUUUAAACACAUUCGAAUAGGAACUGGGGGGGAUAGUGCAACACAGGACAAACUGUGGCUGUGCGGCUCGAGGUCGGCCCAUUUUUAUCAGGAACUAGCUGGUUGUUUGGGAGUUAUCGCACACUUGAAUACACAUACUUAGUUUCCCAUUGGAUUUGUGGGCAGUUUUAAGUGUUUUUUUAUAUUAUUUUCUCUGUCUUGCAUCAAGAAUAAAGAUCCUGUGUGGUAGAAACACAAACCCAGAAGAUUAGUUAGAUGAGAAGGGUGAUUUUUAAAGCUCACAAAUGUUUGUGGAGGCGCAGCCUAAUCGUCUGUAACUGUGUGUCUGCUGAAGAAGUGAUUUAUUGUUUUUUUUUUUUGUCUUUAUUUUAUGUCUAGGUUUCUAUUUAAAUUAUACUUCGCUCAUUUAUAUAUAUUUUCCCGUCUGGUGGGUUUUCAAGACAUCUGAAACUGUUGUGAUACCUAGCUUGCUGGCAAGUGUGUAAGUGUGGUAUUACCGUGUUUUAGUUCAAGAGAGAGAAAAAAAAAAGUCCAUCGGUGAGUUUCCAUUAUGCAAAGAGCGACUCGCUCUCACAGCAGAUGGGGGCAGGUGGAGAUCCCCCCCCCCUUGUCUGUGGCACUGGAGCCCCCACCCCCCCCACCCUGCGUGCCCUUAGACCCCUCUGCUCGGGUCACAUGACUCACUCGACGAUUGAAUGAGACGCACCUUCAUUUGCAUACUCUAAUGAAUUUUGGAAAAAAAAAAAAAGAAGAAGCUCCGGGUCGGCGCACAGGCAAGCUGUAGAUUGGCAAUAUCUGUGAGCUCUUGUUUGUUUUUCUAAGCAACUGAAAAAUAAAGUAACAGGAUAAAAAAAAAAAAAAAAAGAU